AUUCCUGUAGGUGGAGUCUAAGGAGGAACAGACAGGUCGCGUGUAGCGAAGUGAGCUGUGUGGGGAAGGGGUGAGGACAAGGUUAUUCGCGAGCCUCCAAAUCGAGGAACCAGGUGAGCCUAAGCCAAACUCCACCCUUGGGUGGUCGCUGUCCAGAGGAUCACCCCCUGCGAAGGAAACCCCGCCCCCACGGCUCCUGCGCGCCCCGCCCAGGCCCGCAGCGCGGCUGCAGCGCGAGGGGCGGAGAGGCACAGCGCGGCGAGAGGACCAGACGCCCAGGUUGCCAGCAUCCAGUGCCGCAGGACACCGAAAGCGCAUCUUCGCCGGGGCGAUCCAGCUGCUCCCUUGGCCCCAGCGACAGGUCACCUGUCCUCUGCCUCGACCCCAGCCCAGCGUUCCCUUUCUCCGGAGCACACGCUACCCUUGCAGUCGGAGACGCGCCCAGCCCCUCUUCGUCGUCGACCACCAUGGCGGAGACUAACAACGAAUGCAGCAUCAAGGUGCUUUGCCGAUUUCGGCCCCUGAACCAGGCCGAGAUUCUGCGGGGGGACAAGUUCAUCCCCAUUUUCCAAGGGGACGACAGCGUCAUUAUUGGGGGAAAGCCGUAUGUCUUUGACCGCGUAUUCCCCCCAAACACGACUCAGGAGCAGGUUUAUCACGCCUGUGCCAUGCAGAUCGUCAAAGACGUCCUUGCUGGUUACAAUGGCACAAUCUUUGCUUAUGGACAGACAUCCUCAGGGAAAACGCAUACCAUGGAGGGAAAGCUGCACGACCCUCAGCUGAUGGGCAUCAUCCCCCGGAUCGCUCGAGACAUCUUCAACCACAUCUACUCCAUGGAUGAGAACCUUGAAUUCCACAUUAAGGUGUCUUACUUCGAGAUUUACCUGGAUAAGAUCCGUGACCUUUUGGAUGUGACCAAGACAAACCUAUCCGUGCACGAGGACAAAAACCGGGUGCCGUUUGUCAAGGGUUGUACUGAACGCUUUGUGUCCAGCCCUGAGGAGAUUCUGGAUGUGAUCGAUGAGGGGAAGUCGAACCGUCACGUAGCUGUCACCAACAUGAACGAGCACAGCUCUCGGAGCCACAGCAUCUUCCUCAUCAACAUCAAGCAGGAGAACAUAGAGACCGAGCAGAAGCUCAGCGGGAAGCUAUACCUUGUAGAUCUGGCCGGAAGCGAGAAGGUCAGCAAGACAGGAGCAGAGGGAGCUGUUCUGGAUGAGGCAAAGAAUAUCAACAAAUCGCUGUCAGCCCUGGGGAACGUGAUCUCUGCCCUGGCGGAGGGCACUAAAAGCUACGUGCCGUACCGCGACAGCAAAAUGACGAGGAUUCUCCAGGACUCUCUGGGAGGGAACUGCAGGACCACCAUGUUCAUCUGCUGCUCACCAUCCAGCUACAAUGAUGCAGAGACCAAGUCCACACUCAUGUUUGGGCAGCGGGCGAAGACCAUCAAGAACACUGCCUCAGUGAAUCUGGAGUUGACUGCUGAGCAAUGGAAGAAGAAAUAUGAGAAGGAGAAGGAGAAGACCAAGGCCCAGAAGGAGACAAUUGCUAAGCUGGAGGCUGAGCUUAGCCGGUGGCGCAGUGGAGAGAAUGUGCCUGAGACUGAGCGCCUGGCUGGGGAGGACUCAGCUCUGGGAGCUGAGCUCUGUGAGGAGACCCCUGUGAAUGACAACUCAUCCAUUGUGGUACGCAUCGCACCUGAGGAAAGGCAGAAAUAUGAGGAAGAGAUCCGCCGUCUCUACAAGCAGCUUGAUGACAAGGAUGAUGAGAUCAACCAGCAGAGCCAGCUCAUCGAGAAGCUGAAGCAGCAGAUGCUGGACCAGGAAGAGCUGCUAGUGUCCACUCGGGGAGACAAUGAGAAGGUCCAGCGGGAGCUGAGUCACCUGCAGUCCGAGAAUGAUGCCGCAAAGGACGAGGUGAAGGAAGUGUUGCAGGCCCUGGAGGAGCUGGCAGUCAACUAUGACCAGAAGUCCCAGGAGGUGGAGGAGAAGAGCCAGCAGAACCAGCUGCUGGUGGAUGAACUGUCCCAGAAAGUGGCCACCAUGCUGUCCCUGGAGUCCGAGCUACAGCGGCUCCAGGAGGUCAGUGGACACCAGCGAAAACGGAUUGCUGAGGUGCUGAAUGGGCUGAUGAAGGACCUGAGUGAGUUCAGUGUCAUCGUGGGCAACGGCGAGAUUAAGCUGCCCGUGGAGAUCAGUGGGGCCAUCGAGGAGGAGUUCACGGUGGCCCGACUCUACAUCAGCAAGAUCAAGUCGGAGGUGAAGUCCGUGGUUAAGCGAUGUAGGCAGCUGGAGAACCUCCAGGUGGAGUGUCACCGCAAGAUGGAGGUGACCGGGAGGGAGCUGUCAUCUUGCCAGCUGCUCAUCUCACAGCAUGAGGCCAAGAUCCGUUCACUCACGGAGUACAUGCAGACUGUGGAGUUGAAGAAACGGCACCUGGAAGAGUCCUACGACUCCCUGAGCGACGAGCUAGCCAGGCUCCAGGCGCACGAAACUGUGCACGAGGUAGCUCUGAAAGACAAGGAGCCAGACACACAGGACGCGGAAGAGGUGAAGAAGGCCCUGGAACUACAGAUGGAGAAUCACCGUGAGGCCCAUCACCGGCAGCUGGCCCGCCUCCGGGAUGAGAUCAAUGAGAAACAGAAGACCAUUGAUGAGCUGAAAGACCUGAACCAGAAGCUCCAGUUAGAGCUGGAGAAGCUUCAGGCCGAUCAUGAGAGGCUGAAGAACGAAGAGAACGAGAAGAGCGCCAAGCUCCAGGAGCUGACAUUUCUGUAUGAGCGACAUGAGCAGUCCAAGCAGGACCUCAAGGGGCUGGAGGAGACAGUUGCCCGUGAACUCCAGACCCUCCACAACCUUCGCAAGCUGUUCGUUCAAGACGUCACGACUCGAGUCAAGAAAAGUGCAGAAAUGGAACCCGAAGACAGUGGGGGGAUUCAUUCCCAAAAGCAGAAGAUCUCCUUUCUUGAGAACAACCUGGAACAGCUUACAAAGGUUCACAAACAGCUGGUACGUGACAAUGCAGAUCUGCGUUGUGAGCUUCCUAAAUUGGAAAAACGACUUCGGGCUACGGCUGAGAGAGUUAAGGCCCUGGAGGGUGCACUGAAGGAGGCCAAGGAGGGUGCCAUGAAGGACAAGCGUAGAUACCAGCAGGAGGUGGACCGCAUCAAGGAAGCCGUGCGGUACAAGAGCUCCGGCAAGCGGGGCCAUUCUGCCCAGAUCGCUAAGCCUGUGAGGCCUGGCCACUAUCCUGCCUCCUCACCCACCAACCCCUACGGCACCCGGAGCCCCGAGUGUAUCAGCUACACCAACAACCUCUUCCAGAACUACCAGAACCUGCACCUGCAGGCGGCGCCUAGCUCCACUUCAGAUAUGUACUUUGCCAGCAACGGAGCCACAUCUGUUGCCCCCUUGGCUUCCUACCAGAAGGUCAACAUGGACAAUGGAAAUGCCACAGAUAUCAACGACAACAGGAGUGACCUGCCCUGUGGCUACGAGGCUGAGGACCAGGCCAAGCUUUUCCCUCUCCACCAAGAGACAGCAGCCAGCUAACUCCCAACCCUGGCCACAUAUCUGCAGUUUCAGUUUCUAAGAGGGACCGAGGCCUCUUCUCUCAGCAUGCUGCAAAACCUGUGUUCUCUGACACUAGCUCCCUCCCCAGCCCGUGCUGUUGGACUGUUUGAUGUCUCCUCCUGCUCCGUAUCUCUUCGUACUCUGUAUCUAUAGAUCAGAAGCCGCUGCUAUGUCUCCCCUCUCUGUCCUCCCCUCUAAGUACCUGAUGAUGCAGUUAGCAGUUUUUAAGCAUAGUCUCCCUUCCUCGUUGGGCGCUAGGGAGGAGGGAAACGUUUCUUCUUUCUUCCAUAUACUCGUUUCUUACACCGAGUGAUGUCAGUCACUGAGUAGAGGUCACAAAAGAUAAAGGAAAAGUGGGAGCGGGGAGGCUGCCCUCCUUCUCUCUCACGAACACACAUGUACAUGCAUACAUGCAUGCACAUACAGUGUACAUACAAAGCCUUAAGCAGAGGAAUGUCUUAGCAUCUACGAAAAGAGAGAACCAGACCCCUCUUUACACAGAACAGAGGAGGACCCGGUGGAAGGCUGCGACAGCUCUCUCUCCCUCACACAUGCGCUCUCUCCCUCACACAUGUGCACCCCUCACAUGUCAGCACACUGCAGGUGGUCUCCUCUGUCCUGUGAGGUCUGCCUCGAGCUCCCUUCCCCGGUUGGGGAGUGUGGACUAUUCAAGGGACUGUUUCCCUUUCUGGCCCAAGCCUCCUGUGGUACUUUCCGCUCCAGAUAUCACAACCAGAACUUAGAGUUGGUUUAAAACAUCUUCUGAAAAUCGGAGAAGGCAGACUGCUGAGAAACCGCUGCUCAUCUGUCUGUGCCAAUAGUUAUAAGCAGGUGGGGUCAGAGUGGUUGGCUCCCUAGCUCUGGGGAGUGAGCAGGCUGGGGGACUACUGUGUGCUACUCUGUCACAGAACCCUCAGGUUGAAGCUACAAGCUCGCUCUUUCUCCCACAUUGGGCUGCGUGUGCUUCCCGCCCCUGACUUUGGUUUGGGACUUCCAAUUUAUUGGCAUAAUAGCCAUCUCUGGAUGCUGUCCCUUCAGAAUGGAACCUGGCUCGUUCCCUCCUCCAAACACAGUUCCUUCUGUAAUCUCCAUCUGGUCCCAAGUGCACUUUAAAGACAGGGGUGGGGGAGCAGGUUGGAGCAUGGUGGCAGGCAGUCUCCCUGACACAGGAAAAAGCUCUGCUGUCGAUCCCAGCGCUGCGAUAGCAAAAGCAAAAGCAAAAGCUGGUGUAGCGGUUCACAGUUUCCAGUGUUAGUCUCAGGAAGCCGAGGUAGGAAAAUUGCUAAAUUUGAGACGAGCCUGGACUACACAGUUAGAUCCAGGAGAUGUGCUAUGAUGGGAGGAAAUCCUAUCUCAGAAUGAAGGAAAGGCAGGAAGGCAGGGAGGCAGGGAAGGAGGGAGGGAGGGAGGGAGGAAAGGAAGGAAGUGGGGACAGAACAAUUUUUUUUCUGAACUGUCAGGGACUAAGAGCUUGAAUCUAAUGCUUUCCCCACUGCCAUCUCAGCUCAGGGCCCCUCCUGCCCAGCACUGAAGAGGAUGGACGUUGCUUUAGUUCAAAUGGUCCUGUCCUCCCAUAUGCUAAGGUAGUUUUCCACAUUACUGCAGGGAUGGAGGCCAGUACUCAACCUAAGCCAGGAAACACAGCCGAGUAUCCAGAUAGCCAGCCUUGCCCAACAGAGGGCAGGCAGCCUCCGGACCUUGCUAGGCCUGGGAGGAAAACUCCCUGUGGAUGACAGCUGGCAACUAUGGGCUGUAGUAGCUGUGACUCUCUCAAGGGACCGCUUCUGCUCUGCAGGGAGUGAUCACGAUGAAGACAGUAUCAGACUGGCAUGGGAGAACUCCCAAGUGACAAUUUUCAAACGCUUUAGAAUAAGUCUGAUGUAGAAUGACUAAGCAGAACCUAGGGCUUUGACCAUGGCUCAGUGGUACCAUGCGAAGACACUUAAUGUGACAAGUCUGAGGGUUCAAUCCAUCUCUGGAACCGCAAACAACACGAAACAACCGAAAUGGUAAAGUAAUUCAGAGCUAGGAACUUAAUAAUUUCUUUCUUUUCACACCCCCUCCCAGUGGAAAACGCUUCAUUAGUUGGAGGGUCCUGAGAUAGCCCUCAGAGCUUAGAACUCACUUAUUUGCAAGAGAGGUCCAGUCUGCUCACACCCACCCCUCCACCCUGCCCUAAAACCACAACUCAAAAGAAAGGUCAGGAGGUGCAGACAAAUCACGCACCUCAGACGCAGUGAGCAAGGAAGGGAAAGCCAUCCUCUGUGGCUCAGGCAGGCAGGGGGCCUGGGAUUCUAAGGGGGUUUGCAUGAUCUUGUCACCAAAUGAUCCUUUUCAAAAUACAAGUAAGGAGAUGUGUAGGCGUACAGCAGAGCAGACCAGGAGGGGGGCGGCAGUGGCCAGCCUUCCCUGGCAAGAUGUAAGGGACAAGGCCAUUUGCUACGCUAAAGAAACAGCCCUUCACCAGAAGGUUCUCACCACACCCUCCCCCCUUGGUUCACUACAUCCCUUUCAGAGAGCCAGGCCACCCCAAGGGCCCCUGGCCCGCCCACUUACAUCUGCCAAAGUGAAAUGUUGCAUGCCGGCGGCGUGGAAGACAAACCAAACCGCACAAAUCCCAGUGUGUAUUUACUUGGUGGACACAAAUACCUUUAAAAUAAAAUAAAUUCGAUGACGA